AUGAAGAGUGUAGUUUUAUUAAAAGAAAUUACUUUCUUAAAAAGUUUCUCUUUAAAUAAUAAAAUACAAAAUGACUUACGUAAAUUUUUUUAUAACAAAAACUUUAAUAAGAAAAAUCUGCAUACAAAAAUAACUUUUAGAUGGAAUGAAAUUAAUUUAUCAAAAAAAGAUUAUAAUAAAAUUUUUGGAGUAAUAAAUGCUUAUUGCAAAAAUAUUUAUAAUGAUAAACCUAAUUUUUCAUAUUUUAGUUACUUAAGUAGUACUGAAAAAAAUGUAUAUGAUGAAAAAGAAAAAUAUAAUGACAACAAAGAUACUAAAACGAGUAAUAAAUCUAAGUAUAAUACCACAUACGAAAAAUCUAUAAAAAAUGUUGAAGAAAAUGUUAACAUUCAAAAUAAUAAAAAUAUAGAUACAUAUGAACAUAAUGCAUUACAUGUAAACAAUAUAUGUAAAAAAAUAUAUUAUAUGAGUAAGAAUAACAUUAAAAAUGAAAAAGAGUGGAAUCAUUAUCUGUUAGAAUUUUAUAAAGAAACUGAAAAUUAUAAAUACUUAAAAAUAAAAAGCAUUUUUAUGCUUUUACUAGGGUUAACUAAAAGUAAAGAACAUAUAAAAGAGAUAUUUAUAAUUAAGGAUGCUGAAAAAAAUAAAAAAAUACACAUUAUUGAUAUUGUUAAUAAUCAUAUAAGUAUUUUAUCAAAAAAAUUUGAUGAAAUGACAAAUAAUCAAUUAAGUAUAUUUUUAUAUAUUAUUCAAAAAUGGAAUAAAAUUGAGGAGUAUAAAGAAAUUAUUAACAGGAUUAAUGAUAAAUUAUUAAAAAAAAUUAGCUUAAAAAAAUUAAAUAUAAGAAGUUUUUCUAACAUCCUACACAUAUAUUCAAAAAAUUAUGAAAAUUUUCACGAUAUUUAUAGUAAUAAUAUGCAGAAUAAACAAAAAUGUAUAAUUACGAAUGACAUACUAAUAAGAUAUAUUAACAAAAUUUCUAAAGAGAAAUUUCACAUGGAAGAUAUUCUGUUAAUUCUAUCAUCAAUGUAUAAAUUAAAAAUAAAAAAUAAUAAUAUUUUUCAAAGUGUAAUACAAAUUUUAAAUGUAAAUAUAAAAGAUGACAAUUACUUUUUAAUUCCAUCUUUAUUAUUAUCAUUAGCUAACUUAAACAUUUAUAAUGAAGAAUUGUAUUUAAAAUUAAAAAACAUUAUAAUGCAAAAUUAUUAUUUUUAUAAUUCAGUACAUCUGACAAACAUAUAUUAUUCUUUUUCUAAAUUUAAACCAAAUUAUGUAGAAGAACUUUUUGAUAAAUUAUCAAUUCAUAUUAUACAAAACUUUGUAAAAAAAAAAGGAAAAGAAAAUAUGAAAAUUCCUAAAGAGACAAUAAAUGAACCUGUUAGUACAAAUUUAUUAAAAAGACCAUUAAUAAGUGAUAGACAAAUUAAUAAUCAAAAAUUUAAUAUUUUUCAAAUAACAAAUAUUUUAAACUCCUGCAUAAAAUGCAAUUAUUUAAAUUAUGAUUUUUUUUUGCAUUUAAUUUUAGAUGUAGAAAAAAUAAAUGAGAAACAAUCAUUAGAUAAUAUCAUUAAUUAUUUUUAUGUUAUAUCAGAAAUUUUAAGAACUUUUCAUAUAUGCAGUUUUAAAUAUAAGUUAUAUUUACAUAAUGAAACAAAACAAUAUGAAAGUAUAGAUGAAAAUCAAUUUAACAAAAUUAACAAUAAAGAGGAAAAAAAAAAAAAAUUAAAUAAUAAUUAUAAUAAUGACAAUAAAUAUAACACAUUAUAUAUAUUAAACAAAGAAUGGAAACAUAAUGAAAUAUAUUGGUAUAAUACUAGUUACAAUUUAUAUAACAAUAAUUUUUUUUUUGUAGAAUUCAAGAAUGUGAAUAUUAAAAAAAAUAACUUGCAAAAUAAAUUUGAAUUGUAUUGGGAUGAUAUAAGUAAAAAAAUUAUAAAAAUAAUUGAAAAAAAAUUAUAUGACAAAAAUAUUAAAUAUGUUCUCCACAAUUUAAUGUUAUGCUUAUCUUUAAGUGAAAUAAAACUGUUAAAUCUAUAUAUAUUAUGCUUAGUUAUUAUUAGAGAAAAUUUUGAAUUUUUCAGUAUAAGUAAUUUAUAUUUAUACUUAAAAAUACUGCAUAAAUUUAGAAUUUACAACUAUGAAAUUUUUCAUUUAAUAUUUAAUCAUAUAAAAAAAUAUAUGCAUCUAGUGGAAUUAAGGAAACAAAUUAAAAUCAUUUUAUUAUAUUUUAAUAUUUUUAAAAAAGCAGAUAAGCACGAAAUGGAACUAAUUUCUAAGUAUUUUUUAAAUUUAAAUGAAAAUUCUAAAAUAAAAAACGAAAAAGAAUCCUUUUUAAAAAAUGAUGAAUUUAAACAAAAUAUGUGGAAACUUCCCACAGAUAUAAAAAUGAAACAAAAUUUUAUAAACUUAGACAACCUUGAAAAUUCUUCUUUUCACAAUAACAAAAGUAACAAUUUAAAUAAUAUUAAUACUAACGAUAAUAUAAAUCUAAAUAAUGGUAUUAAAAGUAAUAACAAUAGUUUAAAUAAAUAUAAUUAUACUAUAGAUAAUUUAAAUUUUACUAAUGAUAUUAAAAAUAAUAGCAAUAAUUUAUAUAAUGAUACACUCUUUAAUUCAUCUUAUGCAUUUGAUGAAAAUAAAAAUGAAGAUUUAAACUUAAUAAACGAUAAUUUUUUUUUUAAAAAAAUAGAAAAAACAGAAAUUUUUCCUUCUAAUUUGAAUUUCUGUAAUUAUCUAAACAUUUUAUUAAUUUUAAUUUUAAACUUUAAAAAUAUAUAUGAAAAUAUAAAAUUAAAUACACUUAUUUCGAAGGAUGAUAAUUUAAUAAAAAUUAAAGAGGGAGAUAAUAUUUUAGAAAAAUAUACUGAAAUGUUAAAAGAAAACUUAAUUAAUGCAAAAUUUUCUAUUAUUCAAUUUUUCACAAAAUUUACAGAUUAUUUAGAAAAAGAAAAAAAUGAAUUAUAUAACUAUCAAACAAUGUAUAUUUUGGAUUUCCUAAAAACUAUAAAUGAAAAUAUUUACAUGGAUUUAAUAAAAAUAGAAAAAAUGAAAAAGUAUGAUCCCUAUUUACAAACAAAUUCAAUUAAUUCUAGUAAAAAAAUUUUUGAAUUAAAAAAGGAAGAUUUUAUAUUCAUAAAUUCAACAGUUAAUAAGAAUUUUACUUUUAAUGAUAUUUUAAAUGAUCAUUAUAUAAAUCAUAGAUAUCAAUUUAAAAGCAUCAAUGAAGCCAUAAAUAAUUUUUCAAGUUUUAUUAAAACAUAUAAAUAUAAGGAAACAGAUAUUUUAAUUUCUAAAAAUAAGUACUCUUUUAAAAAAAUUAAAACAUUUUAUAAAUUAAACAGAUUUUUGACAUCAGAUAUUUUACUUAUAUUAGAAAAAAAUAAUGAUGAAUUUUUUUAUUUUAUUAUAUUUUAUCCAUACGAAUUAAAAAGAACUGUUGUAAAUAUAAAAGAAGAUACCUUUUUUUUUAAUUAUGAAUAUGAUGAAUCGUUUUUAAUUAAUAUAGAGAUUUUAUUUAUUUAUAACUUUUUAAAAAAAAAAUAUUCAAAAAAUUUUUUUCUCAGUAUUAUAGAUGCAACACAAUUUAUUAAAUUUUCAAAAAAUGUAGAUGAAAUAAUGAAAAAAAAUAGACUAAACGAAAAUUCAUUUAAUAGUUACUCUGGAAAUAAAGAAUAUUACAUUUUAGAAAAUAUUUUGAAAACAUAA